ACAUUUCAAUAAAUUUUUACGUUGGCGUUAUAUUUUUCUGGUUUCGUAUGUAAAAAUUAUUUAUUAUUGUGAAAAGUUAAACAAAUUAUAUAAAACAAUUAAGAAUUUUAGCCAGCUGACGCAGCCAAAUAAGAAGUGCUUUUUACAAGUGUGAAACUAUCAUGUAUAUUACCAUAUCUAAGGUACCAGUCAUGAUACGUGUCGUACCGAAGAGGUAUGACUGCUAUAUGUGUGGGUUUCUGGAGGCUAAAUAUAUAUAACAUGUAUAUUAAAAAAUUUUGAAAAUUCUAACAGUGAUAAACAAUAACUCAAAUUAGAAUAUUCGAUCCGGACAUCCGAAUAAUUGCUUAAGUAACUACUAAUCAUAUAUUCAUAAAAUCCGGAUUUCAUCUGUAUCAACCGUUAAUAUCGAUGGAUUUACGGUUAUUCGGAUAUGCGGAUAAUAGAUUUGUCCUGCCAUAAGUUCUGUUACAAAUUCAAGCUUUGAAAAAAAAUAAACUAUGAUACAUUUUGUAAUAAAGUUAAUUUUAUUUAAUAUAAUACAUGUAUUAAAUGAGCGAUGUGCGAAAUUGUAUAAAUUGCUUCAAACACAAGAGGACCAGUUGACCGAUGGUAGGUUUUCAUGUGGAGAUCAACUCGAAGAAGUCUUGACAUUGAUCUGGUCGAUGUACAUACUUAUGUAUCCAUUUCCCCUGACAUAGUUUUCUGCUUUCUAAGGGGACUUCUGCGCAAGCGUUCACCAACAGUUUUUUUUUUUUGCUGAAUUAGUUCGAACCACGAGUAGACGACCACUUCUUUUUUGCGAAUUUAUCCUCGCUAAAUGCAUUGUAAACUUUGUAACAGAAUUUAUUGUUACAAAACUAAUUAUAACCUACUUGCAACUUUUGUGCUUGUUGCUAUUAUUUGUAAAGGCACUGUAUUUUCUUUAAAUUUAUGUUAUUUUUAUUUAGACAUUGAAUCAGUUGAGAACUAUUAGCGAGUCACAUCCAAAAAUCAGUAACAUAUGUACAUGCAUACAUCAAUUAUAUUGAGUAGUUGAAAGCAAACAAUGAGUUCCCCUGCUAUUGCAACCUUUCUGCCUAAAUUAAAAUACACUUUCGUAUAUUUAAAGCUCAAUUAAAAAUUGCUUACUGCCUUAAUAAGAGAAAAAUAAAUAAGCAUCUAUUUUAUUAUCUUCAAUUUGUAGAACUGUGCAUUCGUAAAUUAAUUAAUUAGCCAAUUUUCGAACAUUAGACAAACCCUUUUUCAUUCGAAACGAAUAUUCACAUGCCGAAUUCGCGAAUAAAAAUGAAUGAAUGAACUUACGAAGCAGUGCUGAUAAUAAAAUUUAACGGCAAACAUGAACGGUGGAAACACAAUCGAGGCAACUACAACAAAUUAGUCUCACUGAUCUGGUUGCCGAUCAACACCGCGACGUGAUCGUACAUAAACAUUAGACAAGUGUUGUUAUUGCGAGAAAGAAAACUGAAUGAGCUAAAGAUCAACCAAGAGCAGCACAAAUUAAAAAAAAGGAAAUCGUGGAAAAUCUCAAAUCAAUUUUGAACAUUCAUACGAACAUACACAACUGAGGUGAAGAUGCUUGUUGAUCGUAAUUAUCGCACGACAACGGCGCAAUCAAUAACUCAGACAAAGCAGCUGGCGAACGCCCGCACUUGCGCGCAACAGGAACAGCCUCCUCGAACAUCUCUCGAAUAGUUCGCUUGUCUGCUUACGUUCAAUUGUGGUCGCGCUGUUCAGAUCGUCGCAUAUAAUUGUGUUUACUCGAGUCCAAACUACACACAUCCAUACAUAGGUACAUGUACGAGCAUACAAAAAUACUCUGAAUACUUUCGUUGAGCUCGCAGAAAAGAAGCAACACUAUAAUUUUCAAAAAUUGAUAUUUCUGUUUGAAGCAACGAACUGAAAAAAUAAAUAAUUAUAUGAAAAUAAAGUAAUUUGGAUUUAUUUAAAAAAAAGUAAAAGUGUUGCCGAUGAUCGCGACAAAAAUUUAGACAAAGUUAAUGGUGCAUGCAGCAGUGAUCCCCGAAAUAUUUUUUAAUUACGUGAUUCUUUAACCUUUUUUGUCGUAAAAACGAGAAUUUCGGCGAGCAAUUUUGGUGCCAUACGUGGGCGUGGCGCCACGCACUACCGGCGCAAUUGACGUGAAUCAAUCGUGCGUGUUAAAUGAUUUUGGCAAAGCAAAAAAUAAUAAUAAUUAAAUAAACAACAAAAACAAACAUACAUCUGUUACUUUCCACCCGCUUUACAAAAUAAAAAAGCAUUCAGCAAACUUUUAAGUUGUCACAAACUAGCGAAAUCAAACUCAAGCGCUUCUACUAUAAAAAUUCGCCACCACAUACAAUGGAGUUCAUUUCCAAUCUUAUAAAACGACCAAUAAGUUUGGUACGCAGCGAUUCGCUACCGCCAACGUCAAACGAGCCAGGACCAGCAACAAGUCAUUCAUGUCCCAUUACACCACAACACACGUCGUCACCAUCACACUCGCCAUUAUUGGCCUUUGAUCGUGACAGCACGCCGGAUCCACUACAACAACAUUUAGUCAAUUCGCUGGUGGUGGCAUCCAAUAUAAUGGACGCAAUGAAUGAACAAGACGAAUUUCGUCCCAUUGCCGUUGCAGCAACAACGCGCGCCUCUCCGCCAAUUAGUCAAUCGCCUACACAGGCACAUUCUUUACAAGCAAGCACCAGUAGCAAUGGCAGUGCUGAAGGCAACAUGAAUCCACCGUCUAACAGCGUUGGCAACACAAUCGAGGAGUUGCUCGUACAAAUCAAUGACAAUUUGAGCAAACAAGCUGAUUUACAUACUGCCGCUGCACUGAGUCAGCAUCAUUUGCCGAAUCGGCCAUUAUCAUUAUCACCAACAGCAUUGACGCAGGCAUUGACGACUGAGUACAACGCUGUUUGCUCGAAAAACGCAAAUCUCAAAGCCACGCCCACAACGCAAUCCACAGAGUCAUUGCCUUCAUCGCCACUAAAAUCAGCUGCUAUGGCACCUGUGGCUGAUAGCGUUUCUACGACAACUAUUAAAGCGAGCGAACCUGAGCCGAAAGCUGGGACUUUCGGUGGACUCUCUCCAGUGUCGCUUAAAACAGGUGCUCAUGUAGAUAUUAAAUGUGAUGCAGCAAGCGAUUUAAAUGAGACAAAAAUGCCAGAAAUGCGCACCGCGCUUAAUCUGUAUGCGGAAGAUCGCGCAAAACUAACUUUUGAAGACGGUCUUAUACCAACAUUAACAGCAGCCAUAAAUGAGCAUGAAAAACAUGAUGGUAAUCUUGAAAAAGAUGACUCAAAUUCGGUUCAACACCUGCAGGUAAAACUUGAACCGGACACCGCUGCCUCAUCGGACAAUGAAACCUUCACGGAAUGUCAGUCCUACCAAAUCGGGUCUGCUAACGAUUAUGGUUUUAUAGCGGAUGAAUAUAGUUUUGAGAAUUCAGAAAUCGAGUCAUACUUUAGUGCUGCUAACUCAAGAAAUGCUACACUCACUACAGGUGAAGCAGAUCCUUUAAGUGUCACUAUAAAUAAAACGUCAGAACAGGAUGAGAGUGACCAAGGUCAGUUGCAAUCACUGCUCUCAGCUAUGAGUGGUGAGGAUUUGUUAGCGCAAAAUACGCAUCCGUUAGAUGUAACCUUUAACGAAGAACCAAUGGACAUAGAUGAGAGUUUUACUGACAUAAAACAAAAUAUAAGCGUUGAAGGAUGCCAGUUGUCUACAACUAAUGUCUUAGUUGAUAAUGAGUCAACUUCGAAAACAACAGAGCCUAAAGAUGUUGUCACUAAUGCCGAAGAGACUGAGUGUAAGCAAGUAAAUUUUAUUAGAAACGAACCUGCACCCAAAGAUGUUGCGUUGCCUCAGCCCGAGUUAGAAAUUGCACAAACAAAACUUGAGGUGUCUCUAAACAAAAGUAUCGAAAUACCUACAUCAACAACGCAAAAUACUAAUUAUGAGCAUAACAAUCUAGAUAGCAGCAGUACUGAAACAGCUUCGGAAGUAACAGCCAAUCUUACACAAGCAACAAUUGGUUCGACAUCACCAACUUCGAUUCAUUCGGCAAAUACCAGUUUACAUCCCAUCGAAGAAGAGUUAUUGAAAUAUAAAUUUCAAGGGAAACAAGAAAUCGGUAACUCCUGGACUGGUUCGCAAAAUGCACUGGAUCUAACAGUGGAUAUAGACUCAUCAACGCAUAGCAAUAAAAGUUCAGCUACCUCACCAAGUUUCCCUAUAAAACAUAAGGGCAACUCACUCAAACAAUUUCCACGCUCGCCCACUGCGGCCGUGCCAAAAAAUAUGACAUUCUUAGAAAAAUCCGAAUACACUGAGCGUAUUGAAAUCGAACGUAAAAAAUCGACAGUCAGUGAGCCGAAGCUGGAGCUAUUUGGUUCACGAAAAACAUCGACGGUCGACGAAACAUCAGCACAGCAUACAAAAUCGGAAAGUCUUGCUGCAAGCAUUACUAGCACUACGGUAUGUCCAAAUGAGCCUAUUAAUGAUGAAAUUGUGUCAAAAAAAGUAAAUGGCGACACAGCAACGGAUACAGUUGCUCUUUUAGAAAGUGUUUCUUCAAUGGACAGUUUAGAUAAACGUCGUACAUAUAAUGUAUCACCUCAAGUGACACCUUCCAGGGAAAUAGAGAGCGUGACAGAAACAUGUGUGAACGAUCACGAUAAACGACGCACCUUUAAUAUGCCUGCAGCGCCACAAGCACCAAGUAUCGUUGCACAAAAAUAUGAAAAAGAUGAGGACAAACCACGUAUCUUUAAUAUGCCUGCAAUGACACAGGAAACAGACGUUACUACUCAAAAACCAGAGAGUGAGAGCAGUAAUCGACGAACAUUUAAUAUUUUAGGCUCAGAAGAUAUAGUAGCAGAGAAAUCUUCAAGCGAAAAUAAUUCUGAUGCAACUAAGAGGCCUCGUACUUACAUUGUAUCUGAACCAACAUUUCCGAUGGGACCAAAUACUGAUGAAAUAAAUGUUCCUAUGGACAUAGACGACACAUUACCUGCAGAGCCAGCAGUAGCGGCUGGCCAAAGCAACACAAUAAAAUCCCGUACACCGAUGCAGUCUCCCACAACAACUGUUUGUAGUUCGCCACCAAUACCAACUCUACAAAAUCGUAUUGGAAACACAAUAACAACAAGCACAUCACCGCCAAUACCGACGCUACAAAAUCGGGCACGAAAUGACCAAAUCCAACUUAUUAUGGAUGAUGAUGCCUUUAAAGUGCCACUACCACCAUCGCCAGCAUCAUCGACGGCAUCACCACCAAUGGCUACCAUACAAAAACGACCAUCUAUCCAUGCGUACAAAAAUACUGAAGAUGUCGUUGAAGCGCUAUCCGCCAAAGAGCAAACCAAACGCGAUGCCAGUGAUGAGAAGGAUGUGUUUGCUGGAAAUUGUACACCCUCGCCCAUGGAAGAGCAACCAUCUUCAACAAGCACUUUUGGUAAUUUCGGCACUCAUUUAAACGUUGAUGUGGACCAGCAAGAAUUUGCAAGUGAGCAAUUUGAGAAUGGAAAUAAUUUAAUUUUGAAUCCAUCCGACUUCGAUUUUCUACUCACAAAAGGCAAUAAUAGCGCGCCAAUUGAUCGCAGUUCAAUUUUACUGAAAUUCGAUCCGUUACUUGGCGUGCCAGUACCUGCAAAUCAAGUGCUACAACAGAAACCAACAAAGCAAACACCACAAAUAUUGCAAAACAUUUUAGGCGAUAAUCUAACUAACUUAAGUCCAACACUCGAAGAGGACGAGCACUUAACAUCAGCGUCCACAUCAUCCAUUAGCAAUAAUCAAUCGUUUGUUGUUGAGACAGAUAAUAAAAGGAAAACUGACGAAGAGGAGAGUGCCAAGUCGAAACAGAACUUGAUUAAGAUUUCGGCAGAGAAACAUCAACGCCAACCACAACCAGCUGUUUUAAAGAAGCAUGCCAGUAUGAGUGUCGACGUGAUUAAGGAUAUGAAUAUCGACAACGAUUCUAACAAAUCUUUUGUGAAUUCAAACUCACAACCCGAUGAAAAACAAAUUAACUACAAAAUGGAUGAACUCGAGAAGAAAAUUAAAAACGAAGUACUCAAAACUGAGGAUAUCGAAAAGAAAUUGAAAGAAGCUGAACAGCGCGAGGAGGCAUUAAUCAAGCGGAUAACGGAAAAAGACAAAACAAUAACAAAAAUGACCGGUGUCAUUGAAGCGUACGAAAAAGCAAUUGCUGAGCUAAUCGCUGAAAAAGAGCAAUUAUUACAAAACUACGAGAAACAGUUGGCGGAGGUCAAGGCGGAUCGCGACUCGAAUUAUCAACAUCUCACGUCACUCGAAACGACAUUUGCUGAUCUGCAUGUCAAAUAUGGCAAAAGUAAGGAAAUGACGCUGCAGCUGAAAGCAGACGAAGAGGCUUUAGUGGUAGAGAAGCGGCAAAUACUGGAAAAUCUGCGACUUCAAGAGCAGCGAUAUGAAAAAAUGAAGAAUCAUGCGAUGCAACAGCUGGAAAUCGCCAACAAAAAGCUCGAAUCACUUAACAAAGAGCACAGUAUCGAAACAACAAAACUGAAAGCACUACUCAAAAAGGAGGAAAUCUCACGUGCCUCUAUCAAUGAGCAAUUACUGCAAAAGUCGAGAGAAAAUGCGGAGCUGGUUAAGAUAUGUGAUGAACUAAUUAAUGGCCAAGGAAGUUAAGUGAUCUCAGCGGUCAACGUCGUCAACGCAGCGACCUAUGUAUAUCAAAUGUUUGGCCGAUGUGCAUAUACUCUCAAUUGAUGUAUGUGUGUUUUGUACUUGUUAUGUAUGAGCUAAGCCCAAAAAGCGUAGCAUUACAUGGCAUUACAAUUACUCGUUAUUAAUAAUUAUUUAGUUGCCUGAUUAUCAAGCAAUGGCCGCAUAGUAUAGUGUAUGCACGCGUACGUAAGUGCGUGAGUGUGACGCUCAAAUGCCUGAUGCGCUUAAGAAAUGCAUUCAUUCAGUUCGCAAUCAUUCACAAACAUUUGUGUGAUUAAUUUAAGAAUUUUUUAUUACAAUAUAAUUUUGUUUUUUAAUUUUCCAUUUACAUUGACAUUCACAAUGAUUCGUAUUGUAUUUCUUUGCCGCAUAUAAGUAAUAAUUGUUAAGUAAUUUUUUUAUGUAAAAAUAUGUAGGCAAAUGAGUUAACAAACCCGCAGGUUACUUGAUGGAAAUCAAUAAACACAGAUAAACAAACAUUUAAACACGAAUAUUUUUACCUCGAAACAUACAUAUGUACGUGCAUGGAAGGAGGCAAACGAAAAAUAUACUAUCAUUACUUGUUGUAAGUUAUGUACUGUAAUUGUAGAUUAUCUUUAACAAUUUGCUUAGUUAUACUGUGAGUGUACUGAUAUGGAUUUCACUUAAAAAAAAACUAACUAACUCUCUUUAAAUCCUCAUAUUUUUUUUAUAAAAAAUCAAAAUGUUUAGAAUUAAUUUUUAUUAAAUUGUAUUAAUUUAUUAAUGUUCAAUUUUCCACCAAACCGCUGCCGAGCCUAAAAUACAUAGCUAACAUUGGAAAAAUUAAAUCGAA